UCGCUCCACCUCCCGCACAAGCUCUGGCUCCUUCCCCCACAGCGAGGUAGCCCCUGCUGCCCGGGUCUGGUCCGCAGAGGCCCUUGACUUUCACUGCCACCCGUGGGCUGGACACCCGAAACCAGCGGUUCCUCCUGCGGGUGGUGAGCCCACAAGGUGGAGAUGGAAGGUUUAUGUUGCCUUUUUGGUUUGUGCCCGACCAGAGUCCGUGACAAGCCCAGCCACCAGGCCCUCGCUAACAAGCCCUACAUCUGGGCCUGGCUCCAGAUGGGUGCCCCGGGCUUCCUCCGAGCCAGGUCACAUUUCCUCUGCCUUGUUCUGUCAUGGUGCCUUGUGAACCAUUCUUAGUCUGGCUGCUUGCCUAUGAUCAAUUUGCCAUUGGAGACCCUACCAGGAGCACAAAGACUCCAGACAACACAGCUCUCAGGUUCAUAGCGGGACACAAACCUCUCCACCAUGAUAAGGUGAUGGUUCCCGGAGAGGACAUUAUAACACAUUUUUCCUAUUACACAAUAACUAUCCUCUUCACAGUAGAAGAUUUACAGAUUUAAAAAUUCUUAUUAUUUAUAAUGUUAUCAUCAGACAUCAUUGACAAUAAUUCUCCAAAGUCUCUUCUCAUUAUUCCGUUUUUUUAUACCUCAAUAUUUUUCCUCAAAUUUGACUGAAGGAUGUUAUGAUACAAAUUCUCAUCUUUAUAACAAUGUAACUUUUAACAGACACAUUCACUGUGGGUUUUUGUGUGUGUGUGCAUAUCCAGCUGGGUGGCCUGACCCUGGUGGCCAUGGGGAUUUGGGUGACUGUGAACUGGGGAUCCUUCCUCCACCUGCUGGUGCCAUUUUCCAAGGAGGGCGUGCACAUAGUCAACGUGGGAUUCUUCUGCAUUGCCAUAGGGGGCGUCCUCGUGCUGCUGGGACUCCUGGGCUCCUGUGGGGCCCAAAAGGAGAGCAAGUGCCUGCUGCUGAUGUUCUUCGUGGUUGUUCUGGUCAUCUUCGUGUCCGAGGUGGCCGCUGGUGUCGUGGCUCUGGCCUACUCCUCGUUUGCUGAGGGAAUCCUUCAAGCGUGGGCAACACCAGCGUUACAGCAGCAGUACAGCUCUGAUCUGGCCGCCACACAGAUCUGGAAUGCCACCAUGACAGAGCUAAAAUGCUGCGGUUUCACCAACUACACAGACUUUGUGGGUUCACGUUUUGAAAAGAACAGAGGAACGCUACCCCCCAGCUGCUGCUGGAACAACACUGCCCCCUGCAGGACAGUGGAGGUACAGCGCAGCAAUAUCCAGGGCUGUUUUGAAGACAUCCUGGAGCUGGUCAAAGAGCAUGCCAACAUCGUGGGAGGAAUCACAGCAGGAGUUGGAAUCUUGGAGGUGGCUGCGAUGAUCGUUUCCAUGUACCUGUACUGCUGCCUGCACAGAACCACCAGCUGAGCCCGACCCAGACCCAAACCUCCCGCAGGCGACACCGAGGACUUAUCUUAUUUACAGCACGUUGUAGAUCUUUUUCUACGAUUAAAGAAUGAUUUAAUAUA